GGUGUAUUCCCCUGUGUAACCAUAAUCGUAUAAGGGCUCAAACAGAUCCUUUUGGUGUUCAAGUCUUCCUUCGUUCAAAACAAACUCUGUCGACACAAUGCCAUCCUACAGGUUUUCAUUGACAGUCGCUUUAUUGGCCUCGAGUCUUACUCUUGUUGCCUGUGGCAGGUCUUGCGAAGAUCGGGGUUGUCCCACAGGAUCGGAGUGCUUGGAAAAAAAGACUUUUAAAACAGCCAGAUUUCCAAGAUGCCUUCGUGACCUCAGGGAGGUUCUCCAAGGACGUUUGGAUGAAUUUGUAAUAGCCUGGAAUAGCCGAGAUUACGAGGGCAUGGAGGAUUUCUUCACGGAAGACAGCGUCUUCGUGCCAGCUGGUAGAGAUAUUCGUAGGGGAAGCGACGGUUAUGCUGAGUUCAUCGAGGGGCUGAUUACCGAGUUCCAGUGGGGAAAUGCAACAUAUGUCUUGGAAGACAUUAUCUAUGUCACAGACGAACUGGUAUUCUCAAUUGACACUUUCGUAUGGGAAAGUGGUACCAGUCCGUCCCCUCUUCACGGCAAAGAACUCGUCCUGUGGAAGAAAAUAGACGGAAUAUACUACAUUCACUACGGGAUAUCUAAUUUAGGCUAGAUUCUCGAUGAUGUUUUUAACAAAACAUAACGAAGUUCAGCCCAUAACUGUACAUCCCCAGAGCAGAUGAUGUCAUGAUGAAUAAAAGUUAUAUAUCGGUACAAUCAA